CCUCCCAAUUUUCAACAUGAAUCCUUCCGGCUCCGGCUUCGUUCCCGACAAUCUCCCCCCGAGUGACGCCGCGAUGUGGUUCUACCAAGAGUGGGGCGAUCGACCGCCGAUAUACGAGACGCAACAAUCGGGGUACGUCGACCGAGAUUCGGUUCCGGAGACUCAACCGGAACCGUCCGGAUCGAAAAAAAGUACACGCCGGAGGAGCCACAAAGCCAAAAGCACGUUGACCGAUGCGGCACGGUCAAUCCAAAAGUGGACGCCGGAGGAGGAGUGCAUAUUGGCGUCGGCUUGGGUUGACGUCUCCGAGCAUCCUAUCAUUGGUACGGAGCAAACGAAGGAUGCGAUGUGGGAUCGUAUCGAGGAGAAGUUCUUCACGGCGAUGAAAAAGGACGGCUCCUACCGAACCCGUGACCAACUCACUUCCAAAUGGAGCCACAUCAACAAAAAAUGGCAACAACUCAACAAUCCCGACGGCGUAUCAUUCCGGAAAAGAUCCACCGUCGACGCCGAGGUUGAGGUCGACGAGACCAUCGGUUCUACCGAUCAAAUCCCUUCCUUCAACGUUGCGGCUUCCAAUGACGAGGACCCCAUUCCACGGCCGAUCGGAAGAAAGAAGGCAAAAUCCAUUGCCUCUGGUUCGGGAGGGUCCGCCUCUAUUUCCGCUUCUCCCCGCGACGAAAUCGGCCGGGCAAUGGUUGAACAACUUCGGGCGUUCAAUCUCCAAGAACACGAGAGGUUGAAGCUUAAAGAGAAGGAGUUGAAGCUAAAGGAGCAGGAGGCCGAGAUGAAAGUCAUGCAAACCGACCCCGGGACGUUGUCGGAGUUUGGACGAAUUAUCUACGAGCAAAGAAUGAGAGAGAUCAAGGAGAAAUAUAAUUUACCUUAGUUUUUUUUAUUAAUUUAAUUUUAGAAGAUGUAUAUUUAAAAAUGUAAAAAAUGAAGGUUUGAAGCCCCGGGGCUUCAAACCCAUUUCCAGUGAAUUUUGGGUGUAAGUUAAAGCUGACGUGACAGAGAGAGAAAGUUUGAAGCCCCGGUUUGAAGCCCCGGGGCUUCAAACGUAUUACCAGUGCUCUUAGAGUAAGUGGUGGACGUGUCCCUUUCUCUCGCGUAGAGAAUCCCAAUCCAUUUCUCUUAUUCCCAAAAUAUAACUUACAGUGUGUGUGUAUAUAAUGUUAAUUAUUCUACCAUAUAAUACUAAAAGACUAUGGAUACUAAUAUAGAACACUAUCAUAU